ACAGUAGUAAUGGGGCUAAAGGACUGAAAAAACAUUGCUACAACCAAAGUAAAGUAUUGUGUUUUGAUUUAUCGGACUCUCCACUGCCGAAGGAGAUCAAGGAUGAAUGUGCAAUACAGGAAUGUGCUUCAAGGAGUUUCUCGGCGCCUGAGCUGAAGCAGUGUGCUGCACCUUACAAUGGGCUGCCAUUAUGUAAGGAGGCUUCACUGACUGUGGGACAAAAAACUUUUCUUUGGAGUUAAAAUGGUCUUAAAUGAAGCAUCAAGGGAAUCACAGGAAAAGAUCAAUUGUAUUUUCCUCGAAAUAAACUCAUCCUCCCGUCCAGUUUGGCUUUACUGUGGAGAGCAGGAGCCUGAGUGAAGGACGCAGAGACUGCUCUGUAAGACUAUUUUUAAAAAACAAACAAUGCCAAAGGAAUAUGUGGACGAGUACGAGCCUCUGCUUAUCAAACCAGUCAAAGAUUCAAAGAGGUUAAAGUUUCCAAACAAAUCCCUUCUGCUUGCUGUGUUUGCUGCUUGUGUUGGUGGAACCUUUCAGUAUGGAUACAACAUCUCUGUCAUCAACUCACCCACUAUGUAUGUGCAAGACUUCAUCAACCAGACUUGGGUUAAUCGCUACCAAACUGAAAUUUCCAGCGAUGCUCUCACCCUCCUUUGGUCCACCAUUGUGUCCAUAUUCACCUUAGGAGGACUUGUGGGAGUAACAAUUGGUGGGACAUUGUCUGUAAAGCUGGGGAGAAAAAGGACACUGCUGACCAAUAACCUGUUUUCACUGACGGCGGCUCUCCUGAUGGGGCUGAGCUCGUCUGCUGGAUUAUUCGAGUUACUCAUCAUCGGACGUUUUUUCAGUGGAAUAAAUGCAGGCAUUGCUUUAAGUGUUCAACCUUUAUACUUGGGGGAAAUCGCUCCGACGGCGUUACGUGGAGCCAUGGGGAUGGGUACCUCCAUUUUUAUCACCGGUGGAAUCCUAACUGGACAAGUGAUGGGCCUAAAAGAACUCCUGGGUAAAAGGGAAUACUGGCCUAUCCUCCUCUCCACCACCAGCAUUCCAGCAAUCCUGCAGCUGCUGAUUCUGCCCUGGUUCCCCGAGAGCCCUCGCUACCUGUUCAUUGAUAAAGGGGAUGAUGAGGCUUGUAAAAAAGCCCUGAGGCAGCUGCACGGCGCAGAAGACUGUCAUGCUGCACUGGAAGAUAUUGCCAAAGAGAAGAAUAACUUAGCAGGUUUCCAGGCCAAGAAACCAUGGGAGCUUUUUGCUGAUCGCAGUGUCCGCUGGCAGCUUCUCACCAUCGUUUUGCUCAACAUGGCACAACAGCUGAACGGCAUCAACGCUAUCUACUUUUAUGCCGACUAUGUGUUUAAGCAAUCAGGGAUUCCAGCUGAUAAAAUACCAUAUGCUACUGUCGGCACUGGUGCCUGUGAAUGCAUCACUGCUUUAACAUGUGGUUUGCUCAUUGAAUAUCUGGGAAGAAAAGUGCUCAUCACUGGAGGAUACAUUCUCAUGAGCAUCUGCUGCAUUCUGUUCACGCUGACACUCACUUUUCAGGAUGUUAGUCCAGUUUUUCCAUACCUGAGCAUGGCCUGCGUUUUUGCUUUUAUCUUGAGUUUUGGUCUAGGACCAGGUGGAGUGACUAACAUCCUCACCACAGAGCUGUUCACACAAGCCUCUCGCCCUGCAGCGUUCAUCAUCUCCGGAUCAGAUUGGUCUGCAGCAGUACUGUUUCCUGGUCUUCUUGGUUGUCUGCUCCUCAGUGGCACUCUACAUCUUUCUUGUUGUUCCUGAGACAAAAAACAAGACUUUUGUGGAAAUCCAAAACGACUUCCAGUCCUCCAAAAACACAAAGCUGGGCAACUCUGAUGGAGCAGGGACCAUACUUCUAUCAACUUCAAUAUGAAAUAAAUCUAAGAAAGCUUUAAAGUACCUUUUUUUUUAUCUGUUAUCAUGUUUAUGCAAUAGAUAUUUUGGAUCCAUUAUCUAAAAAUAUAUCCAAAAUAAGUAUUUUUACUGUAAACCAAGCUGCUUUUUUUGCCUGAUUUUUUUUUUUUCAUUUUCAAGCACAAUCACUUGUAAGUUUUUAGAAAAAGUUUGUACUACUUUUAUUAAUUGAUUUCCCAUACAGUAUCACAUGCUUAAUAGUAAUGGCUCUACUGUUGAAAUAGUGAAGAUGGAGGCAUCAGUGCUGCAUUUGCACAUCUGCGAAGGUUUUCAUUUCAACGCUGCACAAAGAGGGAGUUUGUAACUCAAAAAGUAAAAACAGCAUUUUUAUAAAAACUUUAUAAAAACUUUCUCUUCCAACUUUCUUAUGUCGUGCAUGAAUGGAACAACUAUGAGAGGCUUGUAAAUGUCCAACUCUGGAGUUCUCUCUUUACUGGGCUUUUUUUCCCUGCAGACAGCAUGUGAUCACAUUAAAUUUCUGAAACUCACUGCCGUAACUACAAAUCAGUCAAAGCUGUUUUGGCAGGACUCACUUCAGUGUGAAAUGCUCCCUGUACUGUAUCAAUGUGAACGAAUGACCCGCACGCUACGGGUCAGGGUUUCAGAUGUUAAAGCUGAACAUAAUAAAAGGUGCUUUGCUGAUUUUGUUCAAUAAAAAUCAGUUGAUGAAA